UCUGUAGCAACAAGCAGAGAGGCAGAUCAGUAACGGAGAGGGAGUCAGUCGAUUGCUGAAGUGGAAAUGCAAAGUACAGAAUAAAGUUAAGAGGCUAAAUCCAGCAUUACUGUUUUAUUUAAAUAAGAGGGUUUAUAGUACCCCUACAAUAUCAGAAGUGGGCCGAUCACGAGCCAAAAAGAAAAAAAAAAAAUGAAUAUAAGCAAUGCAUCGACGGAGCAGUUAAAAGGGUGGUUGAGUGAAUUAAAAGAACCGACCACGGGAACAAAAAGAGAAUUGAUUUUGCGUUUGAAUAAUUUAACAAACGAAAAGCAAAAUCAAUUGAAAUUAUUAUUAAAAAGCGAGGAAGAAUAUUUCUACGGAAGCAGCAAUAAUAAUGUUCAAAAAGGAAAAAGAAAUAACGCAAAAGACGGAGAGCAUAAAGAGGACGAAAGUAACGGCGAAGCUGGAGGUAGCAACGAAGACGGCGAUGAGAAGAGCACUGCACGCAACAACAAAAGUAACGGCAAACAUGACGACAGAAGCGGGGUACGCAGUUACAAGAACAACAGUGCAGACGGCGCCCGCAACAAAAACAGCGGCGACGGGAAUAGCGACGAAAACGAAGUUGGCGGCAACGAAGACGGCGACGAAGAUGGCAGCGGUGAGAAAAGCAACAAAGAAUUUGACGGGAAUAAACGAAAUACAGUGGGACAAGCUGGGCAAAAUAUGGAUUUAUUAUUGCGUAUGGCAGCCGAUGCAGUGAAUGAAUUUUCGGGAGAUACAUGUGCACGCAAAUGGAUCCUACAAGUGAAAAAUAUAGCCAGCGUUUAUGGAAUACAUGAACCAUAUAUAAAGAUGUUGAUCAUCAGCAAGAUAAAAGGAAAAGCAUGCAUGUGGUUGCAUGCAGAUCCAGAACGUGUAUUGCUACCAACAGAGCAGUUGGCGGCAGAGUUUAUAUCAAUGUUUGGUGAGAGGAAGUCAAAGUUAGAAACAAGGCGAAAAUUUGAGGAACGAAAAUGGACAGCUGGCGAAAGCUUUAUUGCUUAUGUAGACGAUAAGGUGAUGCUUGCACAUGGAAUAAAAAUGGAUGAUGAAGAAUUGGUGGCGCUCCUCAUUGAAGGUAUUCCAAAUCAAAUGCUACGUAACCAAGCCCGUAUCCAAUGCUUUGAAGACAUCCAGCACUUAAAGCGGGCAUUUGCGGAAGUGAAGCUACCGAAAAUGGAUGAAACAGACAAGAAGGUGGCAUCGGUGAACAAUAAUGGCAGCACACUCUUGCGUUGUUUCAAUUGCAAUUCGAAGGGACACUGGACCAAAGAGUGCAGGAAGCCAAAGCGCGAAAAAGGGUCAUGCUAUGCCUGUGGUCAGAUGGGGCACUUUGCAGCAAAGUGCCUGAAAAACAAGAAUGUGGAUGAAAACAAUUACCAUGCCUCAUAGACACGGGAAGCCCCAUUUCGUUCAUAAAAAUUAGUAAAGUACCUAAAGAUGUUAUUGGAGUACCAGUUUUAAGUUCAUUUUACGGAUUAAACAAAAGUUACUUGAAAACAUAUGGAAAAAUAUUGUGUUACAUUAUGAAAAAUAUGAAUAAAAUACAUUUUAAUUUAAUAAUAGUGGCAAACGAGUCUAUGAGUCAUGAUGUAGUAUUGGGAAGAGACUUUAUGAAAGCAUGCAACUUAUGCUUGAAUCUGGACACCUUGAAAAUGAUUACAGUGGAUAAAAUUGAAAGUCGAUGUAACAAGAAAAGCGAUAAAAUGUUAGAAGAAACAAAUAUGUACAACAAUAGUAAAACAGUUAGCGAUAGUGUUAGUCAAGGUAGUAGUAAAAGUCAAAUGAUUAGUGACAAGGCUAAAAAUAAAUUAGAGAAAGCUGUCAAUGCUGAAAUAAGCACAGAGGAGAGGGAAUUGCUUGAAAUUAAUGUAAUAGAUGACUCAAUUGAUUACAAAAUAGGUGAUCAGGUGGAUCAUAAUAUGAAAUGUCAAUUUAUUGAGUUGGUAGAAAAUUGUUAUGUUAAUAAAGAAAGACCGAAUGAACCGGAGAUUCGGUGUGAAAUACAAUUAAGAUUAAAUGACCCGAAACCGUUUAGUUGUUCUCCUAGAAGAUUAGCAUAUACUGAAAAAGAAAAGCUGCAGAUUAUCUUAGAUGAGUAUCUAAAAAACGGAAUUAUUAAACCGAGUGAUUCAGAGUAUGCAUCUCCGAUAGUGUUAGUGAAAAAGAAAACAGGAGACCUAAGAUUAUGUGUUGAUUACAGAAAACUUAACAAAUCAAUGGUCAAAGAUAAUUAUCCUUUACCGUUGAUUGAUGAUCUGUUGGAUAGAUUAGUAAAUAAAACGAUAUUCUCGAAGUUAGAUCUUAAACAUGGCUACUUUCAUGUUUUUGUUAAUAAGGAAUCAAUGAAAUAUACAUCUUUUAUGACGCCUUUAGGACAGUUUGAAUUUUUAAGGAUGCCAAUGGGGCUGAAAAAUGCACCGGCGGUCUUCCAGAGAUUUAUUAAUAGAAUUUUCGAGGAUAUGAUUAGGCAGGAUAAAGUUAUUGUAUAUAUGGAUGACAUUAUGAUAGCUAGCAAAGGAAUUAAGGAACAUAUGGAAGUACUUAGGGAAGUUUUUGACA